AUUGGUGCCCUUUGGCAAUUAUGUUCUCUUCUAGAUAACACACCGCACGACAACGCCCUUAUCCUGUUUGUUAAAAUUCCCCACUCAGUUUCUCCUCUCCUCCCCAUCUCUUUGCCAUGGCCAUGGCUCUGAACCUCCUCUCUCCCUCAACCCACCGCCACCUCCCCUUCUCCUCUGAGAAACCCCCCAGAAGCUCCCCAUUCCCACUGCCCAAUCACAGGGCCCUUUGCUUUCCCCUCUCCCCAAGGAGCGCUUCUUCAAGAAGCUGCGCAAGAGAUGCAGCGCUUUUGGCCCGAGCUGUGAAGCAGGAGGAGGAGCAGGCCCAGCCUGUGGAAUUGGAUGAAACCCAGACGCCCAAAUCGCCUCAAUCCUCCUCCAAGCUCGUUCUCGUCGUCGGCGGCACCGGCGGCGUUGGGCAACUGAUAGUGGCAUCUUUGCUGAGCAGAAAAAUUAAAUCUCGUUUGCUGCUGAGAGAUCCAUCGAAAGCAGUAUCUCUUUUUGGCGAACAAGUUGACGAUAUCCUAGAGGUAAGGAAGGGGGACACAAGAAAUCCUAAUGAUCUGGAUCCAGCUAUUUUCGAGGGAGUCACGCACGUGAUUUGCUGCACUGGAACCACCGCAUUCCCCUCAAAGCGCUGGGAGGGAGACAAUACCCCUGAGCGAGUAGAUUGGGAGGGCAUUCGGAAUCUCGUAAUGGCAUUGCCUCGGACAUUAAGCAGAUUUGUUCUUGUUUCAUCUGUUGGUGUAACAAAAUAUAAUGAACUACCGUGGAGCAUUAUGAACCUUUUUGGUGUUCUUAAAUUCAAGAAGAUGGGAGAGGAUUUUGUUCGCAACUCGGGUAUACCCUACACCAUUAUAAGGGCUGGAAGAUUAACUGAUGGACCCUACACUUCCUAUGAUCUCAAUACUCUGCUUAAAGCAACUGCUGGGGAACGUCGUGCAGUCGUCGUAAGUCAAGGAGACAAACUUGUGGGAGAGGUUAGCAGACUUGUUGUAGCAGAAGCCUGCAUACAAGCUUUGGACAUCGACUUCACUGAAGGGCAAAUAUACGAAAUCAAUUCAGUUAAGGGAGAGGGACCUGGAAGCAACACCGAGAAAUGGAGAGAACUUUUUAGAGCUGCUCAGAUAAGUUAGCUGGUUUGCAGUUCAUCAGAAAGCAUCGACAUUGGCCCAGUUUUUGUACAAUUAUGAUUUAAAAAAUCAGAUUCUAUAAACUAUUUUCAAUUUUUAUGCAGUUAAUAUAGCAAGAUCAGAUAUCAUGUAAUGGUACACUAAUUUUAUUGUGACCACUGUUCAAGUGUAACUAAUUUUUGUUGCCCAUGUACAGAAUCUUUCCUCAAAAUCAAUUCAUGAUUGACACUUGUUGUAGUUGAGA